AUGGAGAAUAACAAAACUCCUCCUCCUCCUCCUCCUCCCUUUGAAUUGAAAUUCGAACAUGGUCUCAAACACCAACCAAAGUCCAAAGGUUUCAGUAUCGAUGUUAAUGCCAAGAUUUUACGACGAGGGACUUCUUCUCCGUUGCAAGAGAUCUACUUCUCCUCCACGGUCGACGAUUUCAUAUGGGAAGACGAAGAUUGUCCAGAGAAAGUGGAGCUCUACGAAUUACUUGUCGAUUCAGGAAUAAUCGAAUUCGAGGCUCAGUUUCUGAUGCAUGACAUUAUUUUGUACGUUUGUGAUAUAACAAACUCGCUUCAUGACGACUGCUACAAAGGAGUUUUAACGUUGACGGUCAAUGUUACGCUACCCCCGGAACCGGUCGAGGUUAACCAUGCCGGUUCGGAGCAAACUCAAUCCCAAGAAGCAAUUACGACGACGAUCCGGCGUUGGUUGAAACCAAAACAUAAAAUACAAAAAGCCAUCUACAGAAUCGGGGCUGAUGGCAUGUCAUUGGUACUUUCAAAUCAACGAGCCCUCAACUGA